AUGCUAAUCAGGUUUGGUAUAGAGCAGAAGAUUCUGAUGUUCAAUGGCGACAAUGCAACAUCCAAUGACAAGCAGACAUCUGAGCUCGCCAAGUUGCCAAACUCGUUUGAGGAGGCGAACCGCGCCCGCUGCUUCAGCCAUACUCUCCAGCUUUCUGCAAAGUCACUGCUUCAGCCCUUCAACUCAGCACUCGAAAAGCCAUCUGAGAUGCAGGAUGACAAGUUCGAUGAUCUGCCUGAACUUUAG